UUUAGAUAACGUAGCAUUCAAGAGCGAGCAAGUAGUAAACGCGAUUGUGCGAAAUUUCGACGGAUGAAAAACAUUUUGGAGCUGCGACCACAUCGCGACAUUCACGAUUCGCCAAAAUGUACAUGAAGUUUGUUUGAACGCGAUCGAUUCUCUCCGCCAAUCAUCGCAUUUCCCUCCAAAUGGGAUCGCCAUAUUAAACUUGACCUAUGUACGAGUGUGUCGAUCGUCGUAUAUUCUCUUCCGAAUUUAGGCAGACUUAUGGCACGGCGGUAACCGAGAUACAUCAUAUUCGACCUUCAAGUCGAGUAAUGUAUUUAGAAGAAAAUAACGAGUAGAAAAUCCGUCACCACAAUCCAACACGUGGAAGUUUGCGUUCUGGAGUGAAAAAUCAUGAAGACAAGUAGUGAACUACACUUUUCGUAAUCGUCUUGCAUUAGUUGUGUGAGUGUGUGAAGAGGAACUUGGAUGAACACGGAUUGAGAAUCGAGGAUCAUGCUGCGGUCACCGAGCUCAGAGAGCGGUGAAUCCUAAUUUGCUGACACACUGGAUGCUGUGAUAUAGAUGUAUCUGGUUGGAAGCUGCAAACGAGAAACUUGUGUGCUAUUUUCGCCGCUUGGAAUUGUUCCUGCCGUAAUUUCGUAACAUAGUAAAAGGCGCGUCGGGAGUGCGGGAGUAUCGUGAUAGUUUCGUGCGAGUACGAAACAAAUCUAGCGAAUCGUAUAAAUGAUUACAUUUCCGCUGAAAGAUAUUGGAAUACUUUCUUCGAGUUUAUUUUGGACAAUUCGGUUCGAUUCGUCUACGAUGUCGAGAGUGUUGUUUAAAGUGCUACGCGAUUUUUGUACUCGGGUACGCGAGUAAUACACACCGCGAACGCGUGUGAAUACCUCGAAGGGUCGCUGAAAGGAGGACGAGACCUAGGAGGCAUCGGGCGACAACAGAUCAACGUUGCGAUGGAAUGGAGACAUGAGAUGAAAUGGAUGGGGCAAACGGCACAGAAGCAGCGGAACGACGAUCGAGCAACGAAAAAGCCGCCAAGCUGGCGAGCCUAUCGAGUUGCAUGUCGACGAUGAUGGACGACGACGAGCAGGAGGAGCUCCGCUGCACCGGCAGCGACGUCGAGAUCGAGGAGUACACCGACACCGAGGAAUCGCCAUAUGUCGCUUAUCAGGCCAGCAGCGAUAAGCUGUUCGAUACCGAUCGCGAGAACUGGCAGAAGCUCCGUUUCCUGGCUACCCUCGUGUCCGUCGCGGUAUCAGUUACCGUUCUCGUUAUCAGCUAUCCGCUUUAUCUCGAGAGCGUCAGUGCUGUUUCCAGUGCUUACACAGGACUCCUUUUCACUGCUUUAUGCUCCGCCUGCAUUUUGGGGAUAAUGUACUUCGUUGCGGAUAGAGUGUCGCCGCCACCACCACUAAUACCGAACAGCAUGCGAGUAAGGAUACCCCGCUGCGGUUUGAUCAAAAUAAGCACUCUCUACGCCCUCUCAGGAGUCCUGAUUACUCUGUCCCUCGAUCGGAACAGAGUACUAUGUCACUUACAGGAUCCGAUAAAAGGUGUCGUUCUCGUCUUCUCUCUCGUCUACUACUUCUUCUUUUGUCGAAAAAUGAUGAGUCUGCAGCGAAUAUUCUCAAGCACGACUAUAAUAGUGGGUUUGUUCAUAAGCGUUGAUUAUGGUCUCUGCGACGAGUUCCGUUGUCGGGGAAGAGAGGUUUCCUCGCAUACAACAGCAGCUAUGAGGGGAACCUGGGGUGUCCGGGCAAUUUGGACUUUCGUUUACGUGGGCGCUCUCGCCGCCUUCGCCAUGUUCUUCACUAUGCUCGAACGGCAUUACACUACCGGGCAGCAAAAUGUGUGCCAGAUGUUGACGACGCAACACAAUUCUUUCCUCUACACGGUGUCGCGUUUGGUGUCUUCUCGCGAUAUUCGUCGUCGUGGCUCCGAAGAAGAAGGCGGUCGGUUGCUGCACGUGACUGAUCCGGAUCCCACGAUAAAGCCGAAAAGCUACCCUAAGCCGCCGGUGAUGCAAACCCUCUUUUACAUACACGUCAUUGCAUUCUUUGCCAUCCUGACGCUUUGCUGGCUCGACACAUUGCCGGGCAUCGGCAGGGGUUUGUCGCCUGUAGAAUUGUAUCGUACCGUCGAGCAUGGACUGAUGUGCCACUUUAAAGGCGGUAAACUAUGCUCGAACGUGUCCAGCCACGGAUGGAUUUUUCUAUUCGCUUACGUCGUCUUCUCGAUCUCAAUUCUCAACUUUCUGUCGUUGUGCGAAAGCGCGGUGUUCAGUGUGGCCACUGCGACUGUCUCUCUUCCACUGUCUGGUAUUUGGUGGAGUAUUUACAGAAUGGACAUCGGUUUACACGGGGGUUUCAUCUCCUGGUCGCCAGGAGUGACGGGCGAGUUGAUCUGCGCCUUACUUGGUCUUCCCGUUGUACUGCUUGGUCUGGGUCUACUUGUCAGAUCGCACUUCAGGGACACUCAACUUCCUUACCAGAUCAUUCAGCCACCAGAUAUCCAGCCUCACGAGGCCUGCCACAGAUGAAUUUCUUUGUAGCAUCUAGCUUGACCUUGCGACAAAGUGCAUACCACACGCGGUGAUCCAAAUGGAAAUUAAUUCUGAUCGAUUCGAUCGAAGCGACGAAUGUAUUGUUGGUUUUCAUCGAAUCAAUCGGAACGAAUGACGUAAUAAGACAGAUUUUACCGAGCCAGAAUAAUGUUAUUGUUGUACACUUGACAGAUAUAUUUUGUUGAUUGUUCCCAGACUACACCAAUGUUCUUCCUUUGAUCGCGAGGUCACCAAGGUAAAACAAGAUUCUCGAUUCGACCGUACGUACGUUUUAUCGAUUGACAUGCAAAUUUGCAUAUAUGUUGACAGAUAAUUGACUUUUUACCAAUAUCAGUUAAUCCCGAUUUGAUUUUUUUUUUCAGAAAUAUGAUUAGAAAAAUGUAAAAAAUUUAGUUAAUUCUUUUAUCAGCAAAAUUAAUUUUUUUAGGACAAUUUUUUAUUAUAUUUUUUAGUUAAUUAAAUAAUAUUUAAUCUUGAUGUAUAGAUUAAUUGUUACUAUUAUUUGAUUGGGAUUAAUUAAUUCAAGAAUUGAGUUAAAAUUAGAAUUAACUGAUAUUGGUAAAAAGUCGGUCAAAAGUUUCCGCACGGCAUUAUUGCGUUAAAUGCAAUUUAUGCACGCUUGCCUGUAAAAUUCUUUUUUCCAAACACGGAGAAACGAAUUUGCGGCGCGCGCGCGCAUUUGUGAUAAGAAAAUGAGUGCCAAUAUAUCGGUAACCCCUUCUACGAGAAGAAAAAGCGUGAAAUAGUGCGUGGGGAAGAAAGGAGAAAGCGAUCAAUUUUUCCUACAUAUUUGCCAAAUAUGAACGUCCGCGCGUCAUCAUGUACGCGAAAACGUUAUAGCCAAUUUAUAUUUUAUUUUGAUAACGAGAUGUUUUAUAUAUUUUCGAAGAAGUUCAAAUCUCACGUGUUAAAAACUGGGUAGAAGAGUAAAAAUGCGCGGAAAGUACUUUUUUAGCUGCAGAUCUGCGCGCACAGGAGCUUUCGAGCUAAGGAGAUUUUAUUCUGACUUAAUUUCCAAAAUCUAUUACAUGGAAAAUAAAAAUUGGAAGUGAGAUAUAUUUAUGUGAUCAUUUUUGAAAGUAUUAAUUAAUAGAUGUUAUAUAUAUAUGUGUAAUCACUCGAUUAAAAUUGUUAUAAACUUAUCAUCACGAGAGUUGUCAUAAUUCUUGAAACAUGUACGUUUAUUUUUUUAGAAAUAAGUAACACUUGGGGAAAAAACGUUGAAAAAUAGAGAUCUCAUUAUAAAAUAAUGAAUAGAUAUAUAAAGCUGCUAUUGCAAUUUAAUCGAAGUUAAUUAAAUUUGAAUGGACAUUUUUGGUCGGCCAAUCAAGUAGUUAAUUGUUAUUGACAUGUUAUUAAAUGAUUCAUAGGAGUUCAUUAAAUAUUAUUACCGCAAUUUUGCCAAAUAGUCACAAUAUGCGAAUAUGUGAGAAUGAAAACGGAGACUCGUUUAAUGAAGUAAAAUUGUCGGAAGUUGAAUCGCGCGCGCGCGCGCGAGAGCUUAGUUUCGAUUCAUAAUUGUUUCGAGUCAGGCUCUAACCAUUGUUACAGUCCUGUGCGCGCAAAUUACAAUAGUAGCAUACUUUGUCAAAGAUAAAAACUUGUGAGAGUACAGUAUUAUACUUGCUACCAGUUUGCAGUUUCCACGUUGGAAAUAUUAAAGUAAUAAGCGAGUGACUGAGAUACGUGCGCACGCGUGCGUGUAUAUGUGUGUGAUAUCUCUCUACACGACGUUCCAUUAACGAUAGACGUUACUCUAUCAAGUAACUUCAGCGCACAAAUUGUUUCAAACUAGUGUCCUGGUCGUGCGCGGUUAACAACGUUUGUCUUGCUAACGUAUAAAAUUCCAUCGCGGGCGGAUGAAAGUUUUGGAAUAAUUAACUAGCCCAUUCACGCGCUGUUAGCAAAAAGUCCCGUCAAGACGUAUCUUCCUCUCGCUGAUCUGAGUGCCAAUUAAGUUUCUUGAUAUAUUUCUUCGCCCAUCUUACAAAGAAUAAUUUUUUUAUAGCUACAUAUUUUUACGUACAUAAUAAGUAUAAUUAAAAUUAUGUGAUUAUAUGUUUAUAUUACGAAUUU